AAAAUGUAAAAUCUGCUACCAAACUUGUUGAGAACUGUUUGAACUACAUGCAAGACCCACGUGCCCGUUCCAGUCUGAGGUCUAUCAAUGACCACCUGGCAUUUCAGAUCUCAGACAUAAUCAGCAGGGCUAAGCUAGUGGUAGAGACUCGCUACAUUUGUGACACCCUCAGUCUGGAUGUGCAGAUACACAGUUGGUCAGCAAAGGCUCACUAUGUGAUGGAAGAGAUCCGUAAGCAAGACGGAAUUCACCAACAAACUAAGGAGCGUAUCAGAGCUGGCUUACAGGAAGAACCAAGAAGACAUGAAGGAUGAUUUACACCCAGUCAAAUUAAAUGCUAGAAACUGUGAAGAUUCCUUCUGACAAGGCAGUGACAAUGUGGCAGAAAAACAAAAUGGCACAUGUAGAUGAUGUAGGCAUGAACAUGCUGUCUAUGGACAAGCUCGGAUCCGGUCUGGAAAAAGAUGAUGGUGUCAGAUCUAGAAUAUACAAAGACACAACUUCACUCACUUAUACCUCGCUUUUCCUAAAACAAGAAAGUGACAGCUGGGAUCCCAAGGAUAACAAAAUUGUCCAGGAGACCAGGAGCAUGGCUGACAAGAUUUACUACAUGACUCAGUAUUUGAAGAAGAAAGGUCCAUUACUGAAUAAAGAAUCAUUCGUUAACACAGCCAAAGAGGUGCUCUCACACUGCCAGUCUGUAACUCAGUUUAUCCGAGUUAUUGCCGACCACUGUCUGGACAAGCCGUGUGCGGCUGAACUGUCUCGUAUAGUUGAGCAGAUUCUCAUGAUCACCAACCAGCUCAACAUCAUCUCCAGUGUCAAAGCUGUAACACCUGGAUGCAAAUCAUCUGAUGAGAUCCUCGUGAAAAAUGCCCAAAAUCUACUCCAGACGGUCCUACAUGGGGUUCAUGCUGCAGAGACAGCAUGCAUUACAGGUUUGAAGCAGCCGGAGCCGGACUCAGAUGGUGCUGAGGCAACAUCUUUAUGUUUCCAGUGGAAGAGGAACCUUCAGAUCCACAGAGCCCAGCAGACAUCUAACCAAGAAACAGAUGAACUGGGCUUGAGGAAGACCUCAUCUCACCCUGUAGCGCCCAGUCUCGCCCCACCAUUCAAUAUGUAAAACAACUACA